AUGGGAAGCUUGUUACACCUUCUUGAUGCUAACGAGGACAGAAUGGCUAGGAAAGUGGUUAUGCAAAAGAGGCUUGAUGGUGGCCUGGAGGCUCCUCGAAACAGUUUGGAGAUACCUUUGGAGACUUCCUACAGCUUGUGUGCUGGGAGAGAGAGUAUUCCGUAUGCUUAUCACAGGAAAAAGGAGUCUGAGAAGAACUGCUAUUCGAGUGAGGCUCCAAUGAAGAAGUUGAUCAGUGAAGAGAUUUCUAAAAGAUCAAACACCAGACAAAAUGCACCAAGCAUAGUGGCUCGUCUAAUGGGCGUUGAUAUGCUACCAUUUGAUUCAAAACCAGCAUCAAUGGUUUCUGAAAUAAAAAAUGAAACUCCAGAAAGCAACUUCUUGAAAAAGCAAUGGUCAGGAACAAAUUCAGGUGGUCGUGUCCCCUUAACCUCAAAUUCCUCUCUAGAAAUAGACUUCGGUUACUUCGAUGAUAGUAUAAACAGAGAUCCUGAUCAACUCAGAUGCAUGAGGUUGAACAGGCCUAAACCCCGAGAACAUCCUCAAGAGGAGGAACUACAGAAGUUCAAGAAAGAAUUUGAAGCAUGGCAAGCUGCACGGUUUAAGGAAUGUUCAAAGAUUGUAGAAUUUGGCAGUUCUCCUAGCCAGUUGAUUGCACAAGAGAACCUCAACAGAGAAAAACUGGUUCUUUAUGCAAACUCAGAGAGAGCCAUGGCUAGUGGGAGACUGAUGGAACCUGAGGAUCUUACAGUAAUACCAAAUUUGCAUGAUAAAGGUACUUUAAAAGGCUGGAAAAAUGAGAGUGAAUAUUUUGCAGCUGAACACAAGGGGUCUCCAUAUUCAAGAAGAAUAUUAAAAACAGAUUUUAAGGCAUCUCCUUUGGUGAAUUCUGAUCAGAAACUUGAUAUUGCUUCUGUCCCCACAAAAAUUGUGAUUUUGAGGCCUGGUUUAGGUCCGGAGAGGAUGUGCAGUGGUGAAGAUUCAUGGAACAGUUCUCCCAGUACAUCAGGAGAGAGAGGAAGUAUAGAAGAUUUGCUUGAGGAGGUGAAGCAAAGGUUAAAGUCUGAGCUUCAAGGUAAAAGCCCAAAAAGGAGCACAACAGUUAGGGGAGGAGGCAUUGAGACCCCUUAUCGGGAAAAGCCAUCAGAACCCAAACAAAUAGCUCAACGUAUAGCACAACAAGUCAGAGAAAGUGUCAAAAGGGACAUUGGGAUGAAUUUACUUCGUUCAGAAUCUACAAGAUCUUGUAGAAGUGAAACUCAGUUAAAUGGAACUGGUUCUCCUGAGUUCAUAAAUGGAGAUACUAGGAGAUUCUUGGCAGAGAGGCUGAGAAAUGUUCUGAAGGGGGAAACACAUGGGGAAGUACCAAUGGUUUCCCAUAAUAGGUCAAGAUCAUCAACAUCAGAUUAUGAAAAGGGCAGAGCUGAACAUUCGAGAGAUAUCUGGAGUGGAAAUAGAAUGAGCUAUCAUCCUGAUGUUAAGAACGAACCAGAAAAGCGAAGUAGGUCUUUUAGACAGGAGCCUGAUGAUGUAAUGCUCCAUAAGGAACUGUCUCCUAGGAACCUUGUCAGAUCUUUGUCAGCCCCAGUAUCAGGAACAUCAUUCGGAAAGCUCCUUCUGAAGGAUCGACAUAUACUGACAGGGGCUCAAAUCAGAAGGAAGCACGAAGUCAUUGAAAAUGUUUCAAUGAACAUGAAGAAACGGAAGAAGGAAAAGUUCAACAUUAAGGAAAAGGUUUCAGGCUUUAGAUAUGGCUUAACACUUAGGGGGAAGCUAUUUCGGAGGAGGGUUCAGUCAGUAGAGGAAUUACGUCAAUCUAAACAUGACUGCAUGAAAGAUAUUAGAAGUCAGCCAACAGUGACGAUGAGUUUGUAUGACAGAUAUGAAAAUUCCACUGAAGUGCCACCAAGCCCUGCAUCUGUGUGCAGCAGCGUUCAUGAUGAAUCCUGGAGGCAAGGAGAGUAUUUCAGCCCAACAUCGGCAUCAGAUGCACAUCAACUAGAUGACAGUGAGAUUCCUCAUGUUUUCAGAGAAAUAAACUCGAACUUGAGUGAGCUGCGGAGGCAACUAAAUCAACUUGAAGGCAAUGUUCCAGAAGAGACAACAACUUAUGAGCAGCCCAUUGAAGUUGAAAUGGAGAUAGAGAACCAUGCUGAAGCCUAUGUGAGGGAUUUACUUAUUGCUGCUGGCUUGUAUGAUGGUUCAUUCAAGAGAUCUUUAUCAAAAUGGGACCCGCAUGGUAAGCCUAUUAGCAACCAGGUCUUUGAAGAAGUAGAAGAAUCUUAUAUACAAAAGAGCGAGGAUGGUGAAGGGUGCACAGAAGAUGAUGGUGAAAAAUUGAAUCACAAGAUGUUACUUGACUUAUUAAAUGAAGAGCUUCCAACCGUACUAAGACCACCAACGAACACGUAUAGGUAUAUGAAUAAGGCUAUUAGUUCUGUGCCACAAACCCCUCAUGGAAGGAAUCUACUAAAUAGAGUUUGGGAAAUUAUUCAAGUUUAUUUAUAUCCUCCAGCAGAUAAAUCCUUUUAUGCUCUUGAUAGUAUGUUGGCCCGGGAUUUGAUGUCCAACCCAUGGCGUGGAUUGAUGGAGGAUGACAUUAAUGCUCUUGGUAAAGAUAUUGAAUGUCACAUCAUAGGAGUUCUGAUUGAUGAAAUGGUGAAGAAUAUGAAGUCAUAA